UCCUAAUUCCUAUGAUGUGUUAUAACUGUUAUAUAAAAUUGUUUUAUAAAUGAUUACAUAUCAAUUUUUUAUAGGUAUUAACCCUACUCAUUCAGGGUUACGUAUAUAAUAUCGACAACUUUUUCACUUUCAUAUUUACUGUAUCCGUAUUGCAUAGCUAUUAUUUGACAAAAUCGACAUUUUUUACAAGAUUAACAAUAUAAUGUUUCUUCUAACUUAGUUUGUUUUUAUUUAUAAAGUUAUAUAAAAUGUCUGAAGUAAAAGGAACAAAAGCUUUGGAAUUAUGGUGCAAACGUCUCGUAAAAGAUUGUCCCCAUGUUCAAAUAGAAAACAUGACUACAUCUUGGAGGAAUGGAAUGGCGUUCUGUGCACUUGUACAUCAUUUUAGACCUGACUUAAUAGAUCUUACAAAACUAAAUCCAGGAGACAUAUAUGAAAACAAUCAGCUAGCCUAUAGCAUUGCUGAAAAGCAUUUAGGUAUACCUGCACUGCUAGAUGCAGAGGAUAUGGUUGAGAAUGAUGUUCCAGAUAGAUUAUCAAUAUUGACAUAUUUGUCUCAAUUUUAUCAACGUCUUGGUCAUACUGUAAAUGCAAAGGUUUCAGAAAGUGAAGCAAAAUCAUCACAGUCAUCACAGAUAACAACACCAAUCAAAUUUGGAAAAGUGGCUUUGGAUAAAUGCGCCGCUUGUGGACUUCCUGUAUACUUAGCACAAAGACUCAUUGUGUCACAGAGAUUGUAUCACAGACAAUGCUUCCGAUGUUCUAAAUGUUCUGGACAUUUGAAUCCUAAAAAUUUUCACAUGUUGAAUGCAAAUGAAUUUUCUUGCGACUCUUGUAAAAAUGAAAAGACUGUCAUAUCUAAAUAUCUUAAUAAUAAUGAUCAAAUGGGAAUGUUGGCAUUUUGUAAUGAUGAUAAUGUGUCAAGUAGCACGAAUUUGGAUAUAGAAAAGGAAGACUCUAUUGUAAAAAAGGAAAAAACAAGACCAAAAUCGAUAUUAGAAAAAAUAAAUAUGUUUGAAAGUAAUAUAGAUAAAGAAAACAGUAUUGAAAGUAAAAUAGGAAAUCUUAGUAUAAAAGAUUAUAGUAUUGAUGAAAGUAAAUAUAAGGAUAUAAAUAUUAGUGCUAAUGAUGAUGCUAGAGAUACAGAUGGUACUAGCAGUGCUAUAAAAAAUGAAGAUCAAAUUAGUUUAAAUAGUUCCAUUGAUUUAAGGACAGAGAGUGAUAAAGAUAGAAAUGAUAUGUCAAAAAUAGCUACACCAGAAAAAAAAUAUACUAGCACUAUUGAAAAAUUAACAUUUUUACAAACACAAUUAUCUGGGGAAGCAAAUUUUGAUAAUUACUCAAAUCAAAUAAAAGUAAACAAUGCCAGUAUUGAAAAUGUUUUGCAAAAAACAGAGCAAAUAGAUAGUAAAAGUUUGUCAAAAGAUAUGCCAAUUAACAUAACAGAUGAUAGCCGAUUAGCACAAACUAAUAUAAAUUUAGAUAUUAGUGUAACAUUAGACAUUUCUGAUAAAGAGGACAUUGACAAAGAUUUGUGUAAACUGAUAGACGGUGAAAAAGAAGUUAAAAUUAAUGUACCUCCAAGGAGAAAGAAAAUAAAUAAUACUGAAAAGAAAAUUGAAACAUCUGAAAUAAAGCAAACAAAAAUCAAGGGUUAUCCUGAUCAUUUAAAUCCAUUUUCUGAUGACGAAGAAGAGAAAGAUACAAAAGAUUCAACUAAGAAAGACAGUACUAAUCCUUUUGGUAGUAGUGAUGAGGAAGAUGAUGAGGUCCCUCCCAUACAAUCACCAGCUGCAAAUGUACAGACAUCAACACCUGUAAGACGCCACAUCACAGCAUACAAUCCAUUUUGGUCUGAUGGAGAAGAACCAUCGUCAGAUGAAGAUUAUGAUAGUAUGAGUUCCAGUAUGCACAAAGGGUCAAUAACGGCGAGUACCCCAAAUCUUCCUUCGGGAACUCCCCGGCGAAGGAAGCCCAAAGCUCCGCCUCCGCCUAUCAUAAAUGUCGAGCAUUCGGGCCCAACUACAUCUAUGGAUGAUGUUGCUAGCAUUUCUUCUGUCAGCUCGCAUGCCUCAACUAUACACUCUGACCAGAAAUCAAUUGGUAAAUUGACACCAAGAUCAAAAAAGAGACGACUGGCCCCAACCCCUCCCGAAACUCACUCUAUAGCUUCAGGAUAUGGUGCGUCGCUUGAAGCAGACAUUUCUUUACGGAGUAACGCUUCUGAUGGUCGUAAGAAAGGUCCCGCACCGGGUCUUCCCUUACCAGAGCGUCGUGAAGUUAAGAUGCAAAUGACACCUGAAGAGUUACAAGUGCAGUUGGACUUGCUGGAGACGCAACAACUCGGCCUAGAAAGGCAGGGCGUGCUUAUAGAACAAAUGAUACGCGACAAGUGUGAGGGUGACGAAGGUGUUACAGCGCCGCAAGAAGAAAUAGAGGACUUGGUUAUACAGCUGUGUGAGCUGGUCAAUGAGAAGAAUGACUUGUUUAGGAAACAAACAGAACUUAUGUAUAUUCGUAGACAACAAAGACUAGAGCAGGAGCAAGCGGACAUUGAACAUGAGAUUCGAGUGAUUCAGUCGAGACCAGUCGUCAACAGGAUUGAUGCUGAUAAAGCCCGCGAAGAGCAGUUAGUCUGUCGUCUGGUGGAAAUAGUGCGCAUGCGUGACGAGUUAGUGCAGCAAGUAGAUGCCGAGAGAAGACGCGAGAGGCAAGAAGACCGUGCCAUUGCCGCUUCUAUAGCUGCUAAACGAGCACAAAGAAAUAGUGACUCCACAAGUUCAUCAAUCAAAUCGUCAGAUGUCGUGACACCUAUCAAGAAAAACAAAGUAAAAGACAAAGUAAAGAAGCAAUUAAAGAAAGCAAAACAUACACUUAUUGCAAAAAAAAAAGACGAAGACAAAAAACCAAAAUGACUCAGAUCUUUAUCUAUUAUAUUAAAAGGUACUUAAUAAUAGACUGAUAUUCAAAGACAUUCCAUGUUAUGUUAUGUAUACUUUACACUAUCAUAGUUAUAAAAAUAUAUCACUCAUAUUGAAAUUAUCGCCAUAACAUGUAGAGUAAAUUUUUCAAAUUAUUUACGUUCAGUCUACUCUUAUUUUAUUUUAAGUAGAUAUAUAUUUCUUCGUACAAGUCGAGAACACUCAAUUGUGGUAAAAUACCCAACAAAUUUAGAUUAGUUUAGGACGAAACAAACGCACGCUGGCUUCCGUAAUACGAAUUUUAAUUAUGAAAGCAUAUAUGAUACAGGCCAACGCAAACCUAGCGGAUUUUGUAAUUGUAUGUAACAAUGCGCACAAAUCAAUUUAUGGUAUGGACUUUUUGUAUAUUUUUACAGUACUUGUCCGUUUUUUCCAUUGUAAUAUCAGAUUUUAAUAUGGAAUGCUGUUCAGUAUGCGUAGGCCUGUACGUUAUUGCGCGUUGUUACUCAUUUUUACUAAGAAUACGCGGCCUUAAACGUUAUAUAUUUUACAAAUUGUUACAUUAAUUUACGUACUAAAUGUUACCGAAUUAUAUUUGAAUCUCAACCAACCUUGUGUCGUACUUGGAUAUACAUAUGGUACUAUAUGUAUUAGAAGAAUCUAUCAGCCAUAUUAUAUUUCUCUUAUUUGAUAGCUUAUUUAGUAAAAGACUGCUGUCUAAUAUAAUUUUGCACAGAUUUAUUUAGACCUUGCUAACUUAUAUAUCCCUAUAUCAAGAUCUAAAUAAUAUUUGCUUGUCUUAAUAUCAUUCAAAAGCAUUUUAAGAGAUUAGUUAUGCUUUUAGAUUCACCCUUUGACCCAUGACUUGGAAAAACUACUAAAUUGGAGUAAAGAGGAUGUAGAACAUGGCUUGUUGAGUGUAAACUCUACUUUUAUUAUGCUAAUGAAGGCAGCUAGUUUAUAAAUUGCAAAAAAUAGAAUAAAUUUAUGAGGUGUUAUUGUAUGCAUAUUAACUAAAUUGACAACAUAGGGCCAUAAGUUUUAUAUAGAGAAAGAGGUUAGAUGAAAAAAUAUAACAUUUUAACAUGAUUUAUUAAAAUAAUUACUUUUUAGUAUUAGUGAAACACAAGCUUAAAUAAUAAAUUGGAAUUUUUUAAGGGUAAAUUUUUUUAAUGCUCAUAUCAGUUUGUCACAGGGUGAAAUCAUAUUAAGGCAUCAUGAGAACAACCAUAUUUUUGCUUAAUUUAUUAACAAAUACUAACACAUUAACAUAUUAUUAAGAGCACGUACAUGUUGUAAACAUGCACAAAAAAUAUUAUUAUGAAAAAUAAAAGAUUACACACUGUUA